UCUCUUCUAGGCGCGGGGCCGGAGGGAGUCGAGGAGAUAAAGAAGCAUCACUACUUCUCGACGAUCGAUUGGGAAAAGCUCCUGAAGAGGGCGCUCGCGCCUCCGUUCAAGCCGGCCGUAUCGCGUGCCGAGGACGCGUUCUACUUCGACACGGAAUUCACGUCGCGCACGCCGCGAGACUCGCCCGGCGUGCCACCCAGCGCCACGGCGCACGAACUCUUCCGAGGUUUCAGCUUUGUCGCGCCGACGCUGCUACAGGACGGCUGCGCCGCCGGGUUGCACGGUGGCGCCCCCGCGGCGGCGGCGGCGGGCGGGCGGCAGAACGGAGUGCCGUCGCUGCUGCGGCUGCAGGGAGUGAAGCCAAGUAACAUCACGUCCGAGUACGAUCUAAAGGAGGAGAUCGGACACGGCACGUACUCCGUCUGCAAGCGGUGCGUGCACAAGGCGACGGGCGUCGAAUACGCAGUAAAGGUGAGUGUGCGGGAUCCUAAGUGGGAUCCGUCUGAGGAGGUGCAGUGGCUGCUGAGGAUACCGGUCACCACCCGACAUCCAAACGUAGUAGCGCUCCUUGACGUGUACGACGGCGACAAGGACGCGUACCUGGUCAUGGAGCUGAUGAGAGGAGGAGAGCUGCUAGAUAAGAUGCUGCAGCACGAGUUCCUAUCCGAGCGAGAGGUCGGAGCCAUCAUGUACGUCGUCGUCCAGGCGAUCGGGUAUCUCCAUAGCAACGGGGUGGUGCACCGCGACCUCAAGCCGUCGAACAUCCUCUACUGCGAUGACUCGGAGCAUCCGGACAAGCUACGCAUCUGUGAUUUCGGCUUCGCUAAGCAGCUUCGAGCCGAGAACGGCCUCCUGAUGACCCCAUGCUACACCGCCAACUUUGUAGCUCCUGAGGUGCUGAAGAGACAGGGAUACGACGCAGCGUGUGAUAUCUGGAGCUUAGGCGUGCUCAUGUACACCAUGCUUGUAGGGAAGACGCCAUUCGCGAGUGGUUCGUUAGACACUCCGAAGCAGAUUCUAUCCCGCAUCGGAGAGGGACGCAUCCCGGAGAACGUAGGAAACUGGGAAGCCAUAACUCCCCCAGCCAAGGACCUCGUGCGAGCGAUGCUGCACGUUGAUCCGGCGCAGCGGCUUACUGCACAGCAAGCUUUGCGACAUCCCUGGCUCGCUCAUCGUGCGACCCUACCCCAGCUACAGCUAGCCUUCCACGAUGCCUCCGCCGUCAAGGGGGCGAUGUCAGCGACGUUUAAGGCGUUGAGCGAGCAGGGCGACCUCCCCUCCCUGCUGCCAAUCAACGCUUCGAACCUCGCUCAACGCCGCAAGAACAAACCCGGAUCCAAGAGCUCCAACGACUGAGAGGUGGCGCCACCGCAGAAACGGAGGAGAGAGGUGGCGCCACCGCAGAAACGGAGGAGAGAGGGGGCGCCA